AUGGCUCAGCGUUUAACCAAAGAAGAAUGUAGGAAAUUAUUUCGACAAUUUGAUAAUGGUAAUGGAAUACUAUCAUUGGCUGAAAUUGAUCGAGCCAUUGUAUAUUGGCAUCCUGAAUUUGGUACUAAUCGUCAAGCAAUGAUUCGUGCUUUUAAGGCAGCUGAUACUAAUGGUACUGGAUUCAUUGAAUUUAAAGAAUUUCGUCGUUUUCUUGACUUAUUAUAUUAUUAUAAUCAAUUAAGUGAUCUAUUUGGACAAUUAGAUUCAAAUAAGGAUAAAAGGAUAAGUUUUAAUGAGUUUAAAAAAGGGCAUGAACUGAUCGGUUAUUCAUGUACAGAUGGAAAUAGCCUGAGACAAGAAUUCAAACGUAUUGAUACUAAUCAUGGUGGAUAUAUUUUAUUUGAUGAAGUUUGUUUAUACCUUAUUUGUAAUAUAUCUUAA